AUGGUUGGCAUGAUUAUAUGCGUGGCCAUUGCCUUUGCAUUGCCUUGGUAUCAACAGUUCUAUAGACAUCCAUACAGUGCUGCUGCAAAUGUCACAGAGACAGUAGACUAUCGAUGGACAAAGACUGUAACAACACGUAACAUUCAAGCUUUUGAUGGAGAUAAUAUUGUAAUAACAGAUGUAACGUACUCAGAUGCUGGAAAUGAUAAUAUCAAACAGGUAUUCAAUAUAUCAUUGGCAUUCUUGAUCUUGGCAUUGAUUGGCGCAACUGGUGUGGCAGUGCUACAAGUGGUUGGAUUGAUCACUCAAAGACGUCGCUUCAGAUUCUUCGCGUUCAAUUUGACAAUGGCAUCGGCUGUCAUGCUGACCAUUGCCUUCCUCCAGUUUCUGGCCAUUCGUCGAUCAUUCCUUCAAGACAAACUAUGUACCAGUGACGUGGAAAUCGAUUCUCCAUGCACAAUGUUUGCGGGUACAUCUCACUAUGGACUGCCUCCUUCCACACAAGAAUGGCAUCCAACUUCCGGUUGGUUUGUUUGUAUUGGUGGCUUGAUCUGUGCCUGGUCAAGUGCUAUUGCCACUUAUAUCUCAUAA